UGUCGGCGAGGUCUUAGUCAAAGCAAGCGGUGAGAUUGCUUGGUUCACUUAGGAAUUUAAAACACUGUACGAUAGUCUAUUAAGACUUUGAAGGAUGCCGCAUGUUGGUGGCGGCGGCGGCGGCGACGAUUUAGCUUCUUCUGAUGAGAUAAAAGUGUUUAAGGAUGAGGGAGAGGAAGAAAACCGCUCCUCAGAAAACUUGACUGAUUUGAAGUCGAGUUUAGUCACCGAGGGGGAAGAGGAAAAAAAUGGCCAACUACUGGUGUCUCAUAGUUUCCCAAGCCCCAAAAUCGGUCACUCAUCCCGUCUUCAGGAAUCUCUCACCCCUGCAGCGAUUUCUGGAAAAGGCUGUGAACCGUUUUCUUCUAUUGGCUAUGUCGUCUCUCCUUACCCACACCCUAAUGGUACCUUCGGGCCAGCGUCAAUG